GUACAGAAGAAAAAGGCAUUUCACCAUCCCACUCCUCAUUUCAUUGGCUAUCAGCUCCAAGGAAGUUCCAUUAUUUCUGGUACCAUCAGAGAAAGACGCCAUUACCAGCAGUUCCAGGACACCUAACCAAAGGCUGGUGUCAAGACUGUGCUAAUGACCUCCAGGUCCUAAGUCUCUUGUUGCCUGGUGACAAAGUUUCACAGUUGAGGAGGAGAAGCUGGGACUAGCAGGCUUCACAAGAAACACAAAGGUAUAGCCUUGCUCACUGCAUAUCCACUGACCUGACCCAUAGUACAACUCUAGUAGGAAUUGUUGGACAGAUGACUGAAUGAGGAGACUGAACUGUAGCCAGCUCUAGAGAUUAAAACAGUUUUUCAUGAUUUUUCCUCACACUGAUCACUAUCCAAUCAGAACAACAAACUUCUAACGCUCCCUCACUAAAAGAACAUGGUUAAGGGUGAGAAAGGCCCCAAGGGCAAGAAGAUCAACCUCAAGGUGGCCAAGAAUUGCAUCAAAAUCACUUUUGAUGGGAAAAAGCGCCUUGACUUGAGCAAGAUGGGAAUUACCACCUUCCCCAAGUGUAUUCUGCGCCUUAGUGACGUGGACGAGCUGGACCUUAGCCGGAAUCUGAUCAGGAAGAUCCCUGACUCCAUCUCCAAGUUCCAGAACCUCCGGUGGCUGGACCUGCACAGCAACUACAUAGACAAGCUGCCUCAGUCCAUUGGCCAGAUGACCAGCCUGCUCUACCUCAACGUCAGCAACAACCGGCUGACCAGCAACGGGCUGCCCGUGGAGCUGAAGCAACUCAAGAACAUCCGCACUGUGAACCUAGGCUUGAACCACCUGGACAGUGUGCCCACCACGCUGGGGGCCCUGAAGGAGCUCCACGAGGUGGGGCUCCAUGACAACCUACUGAACAACAUCCCCGUGAGCAUGUCCAAGCUCCCCAAGCUGAAAAAGCUCAACAUAAAGCGGAACCCCUUUCCAAAGCCAGGUGAGUCGGAAAUGUUCAUAGACUCCAUCAGGAGGCUGGAGAACUUGUAUGUUGUGGAGGAGAAGGAUCUGUGUGCGGCUUGCCUGAGAAAAUGCCAAAACGCCCGGGACAACCUGAAUAGAAUCAAGAACAUGGCCACGACAACACCGAGAAAGACCAUCUUUCCCAAUCUGAUCUCACCCAAUUCCAUGGCCAAGGACUCCUGGGAAGACUGGAGGUGACUUGGAACCUGACCCUGAGGCAGAAGGGAAAGAGAGAGGGAGGGAAGAGGGCAGUGGGCUACAUCCACAGGAAACCAAGGGCUCCCCUGUGGCUGCAGCAGCUCUUUCAGCCAAGCCCAUAAAACUCCUUUCCUUACUU